AAUCAAAAGUCAUACAACUUCAAUCCGAACUAAGUACUCGGGGCGUAAAUAAGUAUUUCUAUGGACACCUUAUUAUUUCUCCAAAACCCUUUUUAUUUUAACACAAAGGAACCACUAAAUUGUUCAAAAGUUCUUGCAAGAUGAAAGACUUGGAUCAGACCAUAGAUACCCUUGAAAAUGCCCGUUUCAAUUGGCUGUACGCAAAUGAGAUUGUUCAGAUGAGCAAGGACUCCAUUUUCACGACGAACGAACUGAUUUGCAUUGUAAUGCUGUACCACAAGAUGGUCCUGGCUAAUGGACCAAAGGCGAAGUAUAUGAGUAUCCAGCAGCUCACCACUCUCAUGCUGGAUCUGUUCGAAAUAACUGAUUGCAACAUUAGCACAACUACGGUCUUUCGCAUCAGUCAUGGUACACAAGGGACCCAUCCCGAUUUUUGUCCCGACAGGCAUGUGAGCUUGGAGUCCUUCGUGAGGCUAUUAACCAUAUAUUUCACCAGAGACCUGGAUAUGAAGAUGGAGUUUGCCUUUUCUAUCUACGACAAGCAAGACAAAAUGCAGUUAAAUGGCGAGGAUGUUGGGUUCUUUCUUAAGAAAUUCUUUGAUGGCGAGGACGAAGAAGAAGCCACGGAGCUGCUAUUGGACAUGAAGGAAAUGAUCUUCCUUAAAUUCGAUUUAGACAAGGACACGAUCAUUUCGUUUGAAGAGUACUGUGAGGUGGUACGCAAGCAACCUCUCCUCAUGGAGUUCCUCGGACGAGUGUUUCCAACCAAUCCCCGUAUGGAUGUCCUCGCUCUUUGUGCCAACGUAAUGUCCUGGUUCGAUGACUCACCCAACCCGAGAACCAUUCGAAAAUCAGCAGCUGCUGAGAAUGGCCAGGCACUAGUGGUGAAAGCAGAACCUCGUCGCAUCUCAGAAAUUUAAAUUGCAAGUGUUAAUAGUUGUUUUGUCAUUUCGAGACCGCAUUUUUUCAAGUGCUUCCAGAUGACGCCAUUCCAAAUUGAAAAAUGUUUCUUUUAACGGGAAUUUUCACCCCAUUUAUAAAAGGACAUACAUCGA